GUAACUCCAGGACGAGACCGGAGCGACCCGCGCGCUUCGAGCACUAGGCGACGAGGCUGCGCCGGGCGCCCGACACCGGCGACUGCAGGGGGCGGGGGCUGCGCCGGAGCCCGAUCCGCCGCUCCGGCUCCGAGCAGUGGUCUCAGGAGAAGGGUCGUGGUCCACCACAGAUGCGUUUGUCGGAGGGAGCUGUGGAGAUUCCGGUCAAGGCGUAAGGCCUGGGGCUUCCAAUGAUACUCUGGGCAGGGAUGGAAGCCUAGAUGCCUCACCGCAAGGAGCGGCCGAGCGGGUCCUCGCUUAACGCACACGGCAGCAGCGGCAGCACCACCGCGGAGGGAGGAAAUAUGUCCCGGCUGUCACUCACCCGGUCGCCUGUGUCUCCCCUGGCUGCCCAGGGGAUCCCCCUGCCAGCUCAGCUCACCAAAGCCAACGCACCUGUGCACAUAGAUGUGGGUGGUCACAUGUACACCAGCAGCCUGGCCACGCUCACCAAGUACCCCGACUCCAGAAUAAGCCGCCUCUUCAACGGCACAGAGCCCAUUGUCCUGGACAGUCUCAAGCAACACUAUUUCAUCGACCGGGAUGGGGAGAUUUUCCGCUACAUCCUGAGUUUCCUGCGGACGUCAAAACUGCUACUUCCGGAUGACUUCAAGGACUUUAACCUGCUGUAUGAGGAGGCGCGAUACUACCAGCUGCAGCCCAUGGUUCGGGAGCUGGAACGCUGGCAGCAAGAACAAGAGCAGCGACGUCGUAGCCGGGCCUGUGACUGCCUGGUGGUACGAGUCACCCCUGACCUGGGUGAACGCAUUGCACUCAGUGGCGAGAAAGCCCUCAUUGAGGAGGUCUUCCCUGAGACUGGGGAUGUCAUGUGCAACUCUGUCAAUGCUGGCUGGAACCAGGACCCUACGCACGUCAUCCGUUUCCCCCUCAAUGGCUAUUGUCGACUCAACUCUGUACAGGUCCUAGAAAGGCUGUUUCAGAGGGGGUUCAGCGUGGCUGCAUCCUGUGGGGGUGGUGUGGACUCCUCCCAGUUCAGUGAGUAUGUGCUUUGCCGCGAGGAACGGCGGCCGCAGCCUACCCCGACUGCCGUCCGGAUAAAGCAAGAACCCCUGGACUAGGCCCUGCCUCGGGGCCCACCUGAGACCCCCUCAGUCCUGAGACAACCCCAGGGACAUGGAAAUAGCGCUGAGGAGUCCUGCCUGUUUGUGCUUCACAGUGGGCACAAGACUGAGCUCAUCCAUGGGAGUGCUAAGUGUCAUGGCAACAGAAUGAGGGGUGCCGGAGGCAUGCCCGUGGAAGGACUGUCUAUGUGACCCAGAGAUGUUGUGGCAGCAGCAAAGCUGCCAGCUGCCAGCCCUUCUGCUCCUCAGCCUGGUUCAGCGUCCUCUGCUGGGCCAGACACUCCAGAGCAGCUGUGUAUCCUCCUCCUCGCUCGGUGGACGUUGGCAGGCCUCCUCGCGUUGGAGAUGGCUUAUUUUUCUACAAUAUUUAAAAAACAACUAACUGUCGCCACACAGGUCGGCAAGGCUAGCAAGACCGUCGCUGCUUUACCAGGUGCUUAGUUCUCAGUCCAUUGUUCAGCGAGCCUUGCCAAGGAUGGGCUGCGGCAUUCGGGCCCAGGUGCCUGCUGAGCUGGGGCAGUGGGGACAGAUAUGGCAGGUGAUGGUGCUGCCGGAGAUGGC